AUGACCUCUAUAAACCAUGACAAUAACUUGUGCCCUGUCACCCUUCCCCUCCCUUCUUCCACCUCUUGCCACUGCCCUCACCAUGUGCCGCCUAGGGAGCUUGGCAAGAAAUUUGAUAAAUUUUUGAACCUCAAAAUUACCUCAAAUAACAACCCUACUAACAUCCUUACUAACCUCUGCACUGGCCUCGAAAAAUUCCUCGGCUUCAACUCUGACUCCAAAGGCUACACUGGCAAGGGGAUUGUGUACUCUGACCUUGACAGACUGUGUGAUGCAGUGAUGGGAUUUUUGUAUGGCGUUCUCAGUAACAUCCAAGGCCAUUUAGGGCAGCAUAAAGAUGCUAUAAACAUUGCAAUUGAAGCUUUGAAGACCAAUAAACACGCCGGUAAAAAAGGUUUUAAUGCUGCGAUUGGAAGUGUGGUCGCAGGGGUGCGGGGGUAUAAUGGUAAUGUAAAAGCUUCUAAUGAAGCAGUGAUUGAGCCCCUUCAAUUACUGCUCGACUACACCAAGAAAAAUGGAGGUGAGUUGAUUACUAGCAUUAAUAAUAUUCAGGCUGAGAGUCAUCGUCUGGAUCCACAGCUGGCCGACGCCGUAAGGUCCUGCGGGGACCGGCUGAAGGAGGCCACAGAGAGGAGCAAGAGGUGCGCGGAAUUUCUGGACCCCAAGGCAAAUAACAACACUAAGAUGAAAAAAAACAUUUAUGACCUUAAUGAUAAGUUGCGUGACAAAGUGUUGCAUGUUCGUAAGCUUGUUGAGUACGAGAGCCACCGGCUGGCCAGCGUGCAUAAGCGGAAAGACGCUGAGUUGAAGGAGACGACGGAGAAGAUUAAGACAAGUUUUCGCAAUCUCAAGAGCUGCAUCAACAAGCAGGUGGGUGACGAUAUAGAUAAGCUUGUUAAAAGUUUAAUGGUGAGGGUGCAGAAAAUUUUGAAGAAGCUGAGGGAGAUUAGUAGCGACUUGGAAAAAUAUAUCAAUGAGCUGGUGCAAUGGAUUACCAAAGUGGAAAGUUUUAUUGGUGUAGAAAUGCAGAAAGACAUGAAUACAAUAAUGGGAGAGAUGGACGAAAAGGAUUCGUAUAAGAAACCGUAUGAAAUCAAUCAGGCAGCCGGCCAUAUCAAUACAGAAGCCGGAGUGCUCCACGGUGCCGGGCAGAAUGCUAUUAACGCUGUGCAGGAGAAAGUGAAGGAGGCGCUUACGCAGGUGAAAGAAAUGGAUAGCGAGCUGAAAAAGGAUUUGUAUAAGGUGAGGGAAGCGAUAGGGGAGCAGAUAAAAAAUAUUAAAGGGGCAAUUGGAGUGUUGUACAAAGUGGUCAAACAUGGAAGUGGUGCAGACGCUAUGCAGGGGGAUGAACGGAUUGAGCAAGUUAUUGAAGUGGUUCAAAGUAUGAUCAAGGAAAUCAAAGGUCCCGACGGGGGACGAGAUUUCAGAGGUCUAGAAGGUAUUAAAGCAAAAGUUAUUGGAUAUGUUGCGAAUUUCAAAAUGAAUUUUUGGGGUGACAUUGUGGGUCCGUGGGUUGAUGAUAUAUUAGGUAAGCACGACUCAAAGGAUCGACGACAAGGUUAUCUGGAGGAUUAUGUUAAGCAGUGUAUAGAUUGGUAUAUUAAAGACGACGAAAACAGUGGAAUAUUUAAAAGUGAUAAGGGUACCAUGGGUGCUAUUAUGGAGGAAGUUAAGGAUAAGGUCAAAAAUGAGCUUGGAGAAGAAUCCAAUGCGGCAGGUGGAGCAAUCACUAGUGGGAUAUCAAAUGUUUCAAGUAAUCCCAAUGACCAAAUUAAGCUCUAUGUAGAAAGUGUCAGGGAAGGUUGCGAUACGUUUGCCAGAAGGCUUGGGGACGUACUCCAUGCUAAGGUGAAAAACAUCGUUAGGCAUAUUGAAAAAGCUGUCGUAAGAGAUGACGCAAUUCCAUCGUACAGUCCAAAUCUCAAAGUUGCUGUUGAAUCAACCCUUAUAGCUAUUCAAUCGAAAGCCAGGCAGGCAGCCAUAACACUUAAUUCAUUUGCUCUCGAUCCUAAGUUUCCCAACAAACCUAGAACUAGCACAGCAGCCAUGAUACAAGACGCGUUGACAACCGCCAGUGGCUUGUAUGAUAAUAUAAGGACGGCGCUUGGCAAACCACCCAACGCUGGCCCGGGAGAUCCCAAGCCGAACCACGCCGCCGCCGUCGACAACGCCAUCUCGGAAAUGGACACCUUGACGAAUGAUCACAUCGGGACAACGCCUCUCGCAGGUGUAGGCGAUUCAGGUGACAGAAUCUCCGCGUUAGGUAGCAAGGGAUUCAAUCAAUACAAGCAACAAGUUGACCAAGAUAGUAUAGCCACCUCCGUCAGUAAUCUUGACAACUUGAAAGGUGCCCUUCCAAUCACGAUAAAAAACAUUAGGGAACAAGUGAUACGUGAAUUGUCCGGAAUUGACGGUGCUAAAGAGGCGAUCGUUCACUACGCUGAUGUGAUUACCGAUAGGUUCCAAAAACUGUGCGCGGCAGUUAACAAGGCUGGCAAAAGCCUCAAUUCGCAUCUGCAGUUUUUAAAAAACACGUAUUUCGAGGAGUCUAAGCGUGAUUACAAAGAUGCCCGAAACAGCAUAAAACGAAUCAAACAUCAGCUCAUCACACUGAAAAAUGAAAAUCUGAAGGACGCCAUAACAGAGGCCACCUACUUCCUCACCAGCGCCGAUCCAACAGCCCAGGCCACAAUCACGUCAAUCAGAGGCGUAGUAAGCUCCAACGUCGAAGAAGCCCAGAACACUCUCAUCACUCAAGUCAACAAGAACUACGUCACGUCAGUGAAAGAGAUCCUGACAGAGUUCGCCGUCGCGGUUGAGAAUCAGUUGGACAAUCUUCCACACGCCAUUAAUAACGAUCUGACUACGGGUCACAAGGGCUUUAUGAUGAACAUGGAAACUAAAUUUAUCACGACAGUGAAACCAAUGGGAAGCAUUCCGGACGAGCCAUCCUCUGAAGCAGAGUCCCCGCUGAGGAAGGGGACAAAUAUAUUAAAAACCGCAUUCAGGAGCUUCCUCGACGCGUUAAAAACGCAAUCGGGUUUCCCUUCCGACUUCCAAAAAAUUAAGGCUUCGGAUGCGGCUCUGACCAAUCUGCUUACUACACUCGCUGCUUCACGACACUUCGAUGACAAAUUCAGUACCAAUCUUGACGCCCUUGAUAAUGCCGUCACUGCCUUCAAGCCCGCUACCUACGGCGCAGCCAAGUGCCCCUUGCUCCUCAAUGCUCUUAAAGCAGGCUUCACCCCUCUCGUCGAGGAGCUCAAGAAGGCAUACGUUUCAACGUACUCUUUGAGGACCAUCGAAUGGGAGAAACUCACCGAGGCGGAAAGAAGAAACUACGCCAAAAUCGGCUUGACCAUCACGCCCAUCUUAUAUCAAGAAUUAACUACUCUAAAGCACGGACUUGAAUACAGCGGUUGGGAUGGCCACAAAAUAUAUCACCCAGCUGACGGCACCUCCAGCCUCCACGCUCUCUUCUUCCGCGACAACGGGUAUGACGUCCAUCGUCCUGAGUACGCUGAGCAUGGCGAGCUGAAUCACAGACAAGACUUCAAUGGUAGCAACAUCCUCAAACACCUAAACAAUACAACGCAUAAUUUGUUCAGUCAACUGUCAUCUCCCGUCACCGACAUUCCUCGAUCGGCAUCCGGGUCGGACGAGCUAAGUGUAACCGUCGCGGAGGAGAGUGGUCUCAUCCGAAAACUCUAUGAUUGCUUAAAGACGUACUUCAAAGUCUGCCACCUUACCCUCAUUGACAAACCCCGCGCUCCAUGCUCCAUUUACGAAAUUCUCGUCUGGUGCAACGGCCUGCAGUUCAACCCCGUGUACGAGAAGCUCAAGGCGCAAAUUAAAUCUGAGUUCAUGAAGGAGGACAAAAAGAGGCCGGGUACUAAAACGCUUCAGCCCUUCGAUGCGCAUCCGUCUCGCUUCCAUCACACUGACGUUAACGAAUAUCUGUACAAGGUCUCAUCUGACUCCCACGCCGUCCUCACCGCUAUCCUCGGCCACGGUCACAAGGACGGAAUUUACGCGUGUGAUUUCUCCGACAACUCGCUGAAAUUAGAGUACCCUGCCAACAUGAUCCAGUUGCUGUGUACGUUGUUCGACCUGCUCAAGCGCCUCUACCACCAGCUGUACUUCCUGCUGCAGCAGUGUCAACUUACAACUCAGCUCAGCGGUUGGAAGGACUGCCACUACGGCAGGUACAUCGGUGGGUCAGGCUGGCAGUGCAACACGAAGCAGUGCCCUAAGCUAGACUGCGACCAAAGGCAUGACCAAAGUGGCAACCAAGGGGUUGGCCAUUAUCCCAACUGCGGCGUCAAGUCGCCACUGCAAUCGUUCUUGGAGGACGGUUUGAAAGGCCACCUGCCGCAUUCGGUAGCAGCUAGGGGAUGGAGUCUGUCAUGUGGCACGUGUGGUAGUACACCUGGUAUGCCGUGCAGAACGCCAAUGGGCUUCGCCGACAUCAGUGCCAUCGCUUCGCAUACGAUGAUUGGCCAGAAUAUACGCGAGGUGCUUGAGGCUUACUGUGGGAGUGCAAAAUCGCCUCUCACUAGACUGUGCAGUUACCUCAACUGCCUUUUGCCUAGUGCGCCGAAAACGCUGGCGGACAUGUUCAGCUUCUACUAUCACCUCACCGAUCGCUGGGGUAUGUAUGGUCAAACGCAUAAACAGCAGGCAUUUGAAGAGAAAGUUAACGCUGCCAAUUUCGGACGUGAUUAUGAUAAGUUGAACGUCUACCACUUAUUUACCCCUAGUCACUCAGCAUUGAAGAAGGGCCAUUCCGAUGGUAGCCUUGGCAGUCUCGUAUGCUCAUCAAGGGACUCCGUCGUAUGCGGUCCUUAUCUGCGUCCCAUCAGUCACGCCAUCUACGAGACGUUCUCAUCAAAACACGCCGAUAAAUAUUUGUCGUGGAUCGUUUACCUGACCGCGACGUUCUACGAUCUGCUGAAGAAAUUGUAUGACGAGUGCAAUUCCAAAUGCGGUUCCAGGGGAUCGAAUUGCCAUGGAAAAGCGUGCAUCAAGGAAUGUACAACUACAUCAACUACGUAUAAACCGCCACGAUAUCACGAUCCCAAAUGCAAAUCCAUAGUGAAGUGCAAUGCUACGCUGCCAACAUUGGCAAAAUACGGCUUCGUUCUCGGCGAUCCAGAGAGGCUGAGCGGAAGUGAACGAUCGCAAACAAAACGCACGUGCAGAGAUUUCUGUAAUGUAUUUGCGGAGGCAUUUGAGAAGGACUCACAUCUUGUGAAGUUUUUCAAAGCCAUUGAUAAUUUCAUGUUCACCAUCAGAGCGCCGUUCCUGUGGAUGACCGUGGCACUUUGGUCACUAUCCCUCUUCUACCUAAUCUGCGUAAUGGUUGGCAGACUGGAUGUGCUCCACAUACGCUCACACCUGAGGAUACCGUCAUCGCACAAGAUAACGGCGCAAUCAUUGUUGGCGGCAGCGCAAGUCGGAAGGCUUGCCAAGAUAUCGUAUCUACAGCCGUAA